AUGAGAACGUUUUGGGGACGGAAAGGAAAGUCGAUAACCAUACCAUGCACCUUGCCUCUGCCCAACGACACACACUUCUCAUUGGAGUGGAGGAAAGACAAUAAACUCAUCAUGAGUGCUUAUGGUGCUGAAAGUGGGCAUGCAGCACCGUCUCAACAAGGUAACAGAUAUAUCCUGCCAUACCUUUCAUGUUCUUGUGAAAGUAGUGUUUGCCUGCUUGUAGACAUGGACAAGAGAAAAGUUGCUGUGGAAUAG